GAGGGAGGGAGAGAGAGUACUGGGAGAGUGAGUGGGAGUUUCUAAGUGGGAACAGAGCAUUUACUGUUUCAUAUUACACACAGAAAAGAGGAGAAAGAGGAGAAGAGUUAAUGGUGGGUAAGGGCUCUGGUGGGUUGUCCAGUCAGGCUCUGUUUUGAGUGUAGCUGCUCGUCUAAGGGCUGUGCAGUUGUGUCUGGGUUUAUGGAUUCGCUGACUGUGGAAAAUGUACUUCUCUAUAGUGGUCCUUGUCCUGACUAAGGCUCUGGUCACAGAGGUAUGUCACGGCCUGAAUGUGACAGUGACCCCUGGGCCUGUUGUCAUGGCAACAGAGAAAGACAACGUGACACUCUCCUGCCUGGUAUCUCAGAGGAAGAGGAGCGGCAGCGUCCUCAUCCUACGCUGGUUCUUUUCCCCUCUCGCUGCUCCCACUCUCGCGCCCCCUCCCUCCUCCUCUCCAUCCUCAACUCCUCCUGCCCUCGAGACCUCUCAGUUCCUCAUUGUGAAGAUGGGCAUAAAGAAAAUUAAGAUGUUUGGGAACUACACCCGUCGUUUCCCCCAGCUUAAGUUCCGCCUGUAUGAGGAGACGGAGGGAGAGGAGUACCGGUUGCGGAUUCACAAUCUGACAGCUGGGAUGGAUCAGGGUUUCUACACCUGCAAAGUACAGGAGAUACGCAAACACAGAAACACGUGGAGGGCAUCGUCCAAUGGUACCAGCACCACACAGCUGACAGUGCACUUCACUCUGGAGGAUGGUAGCAGCAAGGGACUGUGGCGUUUGUUGGCAGAUGUGUAUCUGUGCGCUGUGCUCAUUUGCUCACUGGGCCUGCUGUCCAUCUUCCUGUUCACUCUGGUUCUCACCUGCCAGUACUUUCACAGGAGACACAGGCUCAAAGCCAGUUACCUUCUAGUCAAGUGUCCAGAAAGCAGCUCAGGAGAGACUGUGACCAGCUCCAGCAGUUCCUCCAAUUCACCCCCAAGAGUCCAAAGGAAAGUCACAAGACAGAAACCCCCCAGAAGAAAUGUAACAGUAUCGCCACCUAAACUACCCGAGGAGCCACCGCCACACAUACCAGCCAAAGUGCCUGUUGCUGCAAAGAGACCUCAGAAGCCCAGAAGGUUAAAGCCUCAUCUCAGGAGCUCUGCCGCUCCUCGAGUAUCACAGGAGGAUAGUCUGACAUAUGCAGAGCUGGAGCUGGUCAGACCGAGGCCAGAGCCCCCAGCCUCCUCCAGCCCCGACCCCGAUCCCUCCAGCCCAGACACUGUGUACGCUCAGAUCCUCUUCCAGGAAAAACAGCUGUAAACACAGCCGCUCUGGACACAUGGCUGUCAUGGUACCCCCCUUGUGAGGGUGGCUGAACUGAGUGGCAACCAAAGGACUAUAUUUAUGAACUAUCAGUAUGGCAUUUAGCAUUUGUUUUUUUGGCUGUAAGUACGCUACGACUGUUGGUAAAUGAGGGUUUUUGUGUUUCCUCGGCGCAGUUCCAUUCCAGCACAGCAGUUUUUCUGGGGUCUUUAUAAUUCUGUUGUUUUGUUUGUUGGCACCGCUGGCCUGCGAGCCAGAUGUUUAUAGAACGCUCUUACUGUUAACUAUUCUGUAUAAACUCAGGAGGCUGUGUGGAAAUAAAACUGUUGUCCAGGCUCUCUUACUGCAGCAUCAUAAAGGCACUGUAACACUUUUCAAAUGCAUUUAUAAUUACAGUACUAAUACACCAAAUUAAUAAAUAUAUGCCUGGG